GGGACGUCAUGCAGGAGAACUACGAGGCGGUGACCUCGCUGGGGUUUCCCAUUCCCAAACCUGAGCUGAUCGCCCAGCUGGAACGAGGGGAAGAGCCCUGGGUGCCCGACCGCCAGGCCAGAGAGGAAAGAGAGAUCCCGAAAGGCACCUGCACAGGAGGUGACGGGACAGCGAGUGAGAAUAAAGAGGGUAAUCAAAAGCAGGAAGUUUCUGUGGAAAUAGAACCGCAGGCAACAUUUGUGGGAAGAGCUGAAAGGAAUUUUUCCCAGUGCUUGGAACAGAGAGAAGCCUGGGGAAAUUGGCACAGACCCGAGAGGCUGCUGGGAAACCACAUAAGUGAGCAAAUGGAUGAAUCUGUUAAAUGUGGGGAAGGACUCAAGGAAAAGAAACUGAUGAUACAUGAGACAAGCCACAUAGGAGAGAGACCCUAUAAGUGCUUAGACUGUGGGAAGAGUUUCGUAAAGAGGUCAUGUCUCACUAAACAUCAGGCCGUCCACACAGGAAAGAGACCACAUAAGUGUUUAGACUGUGGGAAAAGUUUUAAAAGAAGAUCUGCCCUUGUUUUACAUCAGAAAAUCCACACAGGAGAAAGACCCCAGAAGUGCUUGGACUGUGGAAAAAGUUUCUUACAGAAGUCAGCCCUUUUUAUGCAUCAGAAAAUCCACACAGGAGAACGACCCCAUACAUGCUUAGACUGUGGAAAAUGUUUCAUCCAGAGAUCAGACCUCAAUAAACAUAAGGCAAUCCACUCAGGAGACAGGCCCCAUAAGUGCUUAGACUGUGGGAAAAGUUUCAGAUGGAAGUCAGCCCUUGUUUCACAUCAGAAAAUCCACACAAGAGAAGGGAAACCCAGUCAGUGCUUAGACUGUGGAAAAAUAUUCAUUCAGAGGUCAGACCUUAUUAUUCAUCAGGCAGUCCACCUAGAAGAGAGACCCCAUAAAUGCUUGGACUGCGGAAAGAGCUUUAUGUGUAGGUCAAACCUCGUUCAACAUCAGAAAAUCCACAGAGGAGAGAGACCUCACAAGUGCUCAGACUGUGGAAAAAGUUUCAUACAUAGGUCAGAUGUUGUUAAACAUCAGGCUAUCCACACAGGGGAGAGACCCCACACGUGCUCCUACUGUGGAAGAAGCUUCAAGUGGAACUCGUCCCUUCUUAGUCAUCAGGCAAGCCACAAAGGAGAGAGACCUCAUCACUGCUUAGAGUGUGGAAAAAGUUUCAUACAUAGGUCUGCGCUUGUUAAACACCAGGCAAUCCACACAGGAAAGAGACCCUAUAAGUGCCUGGACUGUGGGAAAAGUUUCAUACAUAGGUCAGAUGUUGUUAAACAUCAGGCCAUCCACACAGGAGAGAGACCUCACAAGUGCUCCGACUGUGGAAAAAGUUUCGUACAGAGGUCAGCCUUUGUUAUGCAUCAGAAAAUCCACACAGGAGAGAAACCCCAUCAGUGCUUAGACUGUGGAAAAUGUUUCCUACGGAGGGCAGAUCUCAAUAAACAUCAGGCAGUCCACUCAGGAGACAGACCCCAUAAGUGUUUAAUCUGUAGAAAAGGGUUUACGAUUAGGUCACAGCUUGUUCAACAUCAGGCAGUCCACACAGGAGAGAGAUCCAAUACAUGCUUGCAAUGUGGGGAAAGUUUCACACAUAGGUCCACCCUUCUUAUUCAUCAAACAAUCCACAAUGGAAAGAGACCUCAUAACUGCUUAGACUGUGGAAAAAGUUUCCUGUGGAAGUCCGCUCUUGUUUCACAUCAGGCAAUCCACACCGGAGAGAGACCGCACAAUUGUUUAGACUGUGGAAAACGUUUCAUACAGAGGUCGGACCUCAAAAAACAUCAGGCAGUCCACACAGGGGUCCGACCCCAUAAGUGCUUGGACUGUGAAAAAAGUUUUAUACGGAAGUCCAACCUUGUUAAACAUCAGGCUAUCCACACAGAGGAGAGAGAUCCUAUAAAUCCUUAGACUGUGGAAAAUCUUUCAUAUGGAGAUCAUAGGGUCAUAACCAUUGAGCAGUUCACAGAGGAGGGAGACCCCAUAAGGUUUUGGACUGUGGGAAAAGUUUCACACAAAGAUUAAAUGUUAACACAUCAGAGGUUCUCCUUAGGAGAGAGACCCAAUGGGUGAUUGGAGUUUGAGGAAAGUUUCAUACAGAGGUCAGACCUCGUUAAAUAUCUGUCAGUCCAUACAGGAUUUUAACUCUGAGACAGUUUGGGCUGUGGGAAAGGUUUCAGAAAGUGAUCAGCCCUUCUCAACGUCAGGCUAUCCACAAUGAGAAACUCUGUAAGUGAUCAGACUGGGAUAAAUUUCAGAAACGAAUCAGUGUGAGACUCCCUAAAUGCCUGGACUGAGAAAAAGUUUCACUCAGCAAAUAUUGUAACACGUGAGGUAAUCCACUCAGAAGUACUUGGACUGCAAGAAAAGUUACAAAAUCAGAUCAGUCCUUGUUUUACAUCCAUGCUUGGGAGAGACCCCAUAGAUGCUUGGACUAUUGCAAAAGUUGCACACAGAGGUCACACUUCAUUAAACAUGGGGGAAUUCACACAGGAGCUCAACUUUUGUGACUCAUGGUCAAAAAGGGUUGAGAACCUUGGAGGCUAAUUGACCUAGAUUAAACCUUUAGGGUGCGUCUACACUGUGAGGCUUAACUCGAAAUAAGCGACGCAAAUUGAGCUAUGUCAAUUGCGUAGCUUAUUUAGAAAUUGGGAGCAUCUACACA